AUGUUUGCUGCUGCUACCAAAAACUUUGUUAAGCAGGUUGGUGAUGGUGGGAGAUUAGUCCCUGUUCCUAGCCUCAGUGAAGCUGACAAAUACCAACCUCUGAGUCUUGUUAUUAAGAAGAGAAAAUGUUUUCUUUCAAAAAAAUCUAAAUUUGCUUCGACACCUUUCACCCUAAAAGACAUUCUUCAGGGAGAGAAAGAAAUUUCAGCUGGUGAUGGGGGCCAGGAAAUUAAGCCAGGUGUUUCAUCCUAUCAGCUGUUGAAUUAUGAAGACAAAUCAGAUGUUUCACUCUAUGGUAGACGAGGAAAUCAGAUAAUGAGUGACGUUGGGGUCAACAUUGCUGGAUCAGAUUCUAUUGCAGUAAAAGCUUCAUUUGGUAUAGUGACCAAACAUGAGGUUGAAGUACCAACAUUACUUAAAGAACUUACUACUAGAAAAAUUAACUUUGAUCACUGCCUAGUCCGACAAUCAAGAGAAAGUAGGAAAGAGGUUCUGUGUGUGGUCAUGGAAAGUAUUAGAACAACACGGCAAUGCUCAUUAUCUGUGCAUGCUGGUAUGCGUGGGGAAACAAUGAGGUUUCAUAUUAUUGAGGACCAAAAUCACAAGGGACGAGACAAAGCUAUUGUUUUUCCAGCUCACACAACUAUUGCAUUUAGUGUAUUUGAACUUUAUAUUCACUUGGAUGGUAAUUUUGAGUUCUGUGUCACUCCAGUUUCAAAAGGAGGAUUUGAAAAAGAGCAAUCUGGAUCAUUUUCAUUGAACAAAUUAAGGAGGAAUCUGUUCCACCGAAAUAAAAGGGUAAUGGAUAUCAUUGCUAAUUCAGAUGCUUACUUGGAGGACCUUUUUACAGACUAUUAUGAAAAAGCUGCAAGCAUGACUGAUAUCUCUACAAGCUAUCUCAGAGAAGGGUCUCAUAUCCGGGUUAAUUUACUUAAUAACAACAUCCCAAAAGGUCCUUGUGCCCUUUGUGGAAUGGGAAAUUCUAAAAGAGAGACAGUUUAUGGAUGCCUAGAGUGUUCUUUUAAUGGACAAAAGUAUGUACGACUGCAUGCUGUGCCUUGCUUUGAUGUCUGGCACAAGAGAGUGAGAUAA